AUGAAUCAAGUAGAUGAUUAUGAUUAUUUCUGUCAUAGUUGUGAAGAUGUGAAAAGAACUAGUGAUAUAGAAAUUAUAUAUAACGGUGAAAUAAAAUGUAAAACAUGUAAUAGUGUCGGUUUCGUUGAAAAGAUUGAUGAAGAUGAUCCUUUAAGUUUUCAUUCAAUAAAUACAAAUAGGGAAAAUAGGACAAAUAGAGAAAUAAGAAGUAGUGAAAUUAAUAAUAAUACAAGCAAUAUUAAUAAUAGGAGUAGUAUUUAUUCGAAUACUAGUAAUAAUAAUACAUUUGUUACUAACGAUAAUAUUUUUAGUGAUUUGAUGUUAUUUAGAAAUAUGUACCAUCAGAUGUUUAAUCCAACCUUCAGGUCUCCAGAAGCAGAAGUUCAUUUUACUGCUAGUGUAGCAACAUCAAAUAACGAAAAUAUAAACAAUGAUAACAUAAAUAAUGAAACUCGAAAUAAUAGUGAAAAUAGGAAUACUACUGAUAAUAGAAAUAGUAAUGAAAACAGAAAUAAUAAUGAAAAUAGAAACAAUAGUGAAAAUAGAAAUCAUUAUGGGAGGACUUAUAGAUAUAGUAGAAACACAAGAAAUCCUCGUAUUAUCACAAGAGCAAUAGAUAUAACAAAUAUUCCUUUUAAUUCUCCAAUACGUUUAAACUUUCAUGAUUUAAUAGAUAACAUAUUAACUAAUUCUUUUGAUAACAUUUCAUUAGAUCAAGUAUUAACUAUUAUAAUGGAAAGUGACCCAUCAAGAAAUGGCCCUCCACCAGCAUCUGAAGAAGUAAUUAAAAAUUUAAAAGUAGAAGUAUUAACAUCUGAAAGGGCAAAAGAAUUAGAAUCUUGUGCAAUAUGUAGAGAAGAAUACAAAGAAAAUGAUGAAGUUCAUAGAAUUACUGAUAAUGAACGAUGUCGGCAUGUUUUUCAUUGUUCUUGCAUUAUACCAUGGCUCAAAGAGAGAAAUUCUUGCCCAACUUGUCGAUUUGAACUACCUACGGAUGAUCAAGACUAUAACUGUAAGAGAGAAGAAUUGAGGGAAAGAUUAAAUUCAGAAAUUUCUCGUAAUAAUUCUCUUAAUAAUUCUAACAAUAUAAACACAAAUACAGAUAAUAACAAUAAUAAUAAUGAAAAUAUAAAUUCAAAUGAAAAUAGUAUAAAUAGAAAUGAAAAUAGUACAGAUGUAAAUGAAAAUAGUACAAAUAGAAAUGAAAAUAGUACAAAUAGAAAUGAAAAUAAUAUAAAUGGAAAUGAAAAUAGUAACAACGGUAAUGAAGAAACAAGUUAUCUUCCAUUCACUGAUGAAUAUGAUACUAACAUGUUUGAUAGUUUUACUUCUGCUCAAACUAAUUCUAUUUUGCAAAAUUUUUUUAAUAAUUUUAUGGCUAGUACUAAUGAUGCUUAUAGGAUAAAUAGAAUCUUUUUAUCACCUAAUUCAUUUUCGAGAAAUAAUAAUAGAGGUGUAGAUACAAGAAAUACAUAUGAACAUAGCCAGGCAAGACAAGAUGAAAAUUCUUCAGAGAGAUUUUUAUCAACCGAAGAAAAAAAUGGAUCAAAAAAGAAUGACACAAAUGAAAAAGAUGAAGAUAAGAACGACAAUAAAAAUAAUGAUGAUAACGAUAAUGACAAUAAUGAUAACGACCAAAGUAAUAAUGAUAAUAGUAAUAAUAAUAAUAAUAAUAACGGUAGUAAUAAUAGUAAUGAUAAUAAUCGUUACAAUUAUAAUAAUGGAUAUAAUAAUAAUCAUAGUAAUAAUGAUUAUAAUAGCCAAGAUAAAAAUUAUACUUAUAAUAAUAAAAAUGACUAUAAAAAUAAUAAGUUAGAUGAUAAUAAUGUAAAAAAUAGGGAAAAUAAUAAUAUUCAUUUAACAGUAAAAUUAAGAGAAAAUUCUAAUAGGCCAUUUUUAACUGAAAAUGUUUUUGAUACUUCAAAUAAUUUUGUUAAUAAUGGAAACAACAUAGCAAGCAGUAAUAGAACGAAUCCUUUUCAACAUUAUUUUAAAGAUUUAGACCAGGGUUAUAUAGAUUUAAAUAACAGUAAUAAUGUUAAUAGUAACUUUAAUAAUAGUUUUACUAAUAAGAAUAAUAAUUAUAGUAAUAUUAGUAAGGAUAAAUGCAAUGAUAAUGUAAAUUCAUAUAAUACAAAUGAAAGCAUUUCUAGAAAUGCCAAUAAUAUUCCUAAUAAUGAAGAAAAUUCAAGCAUCAAUGAAAUUCUAAAAGAUCAAAGUACACUAUAUGAUUCUAAUAAUAGACAUAAAAAUAUGUUAAAAAAGAAUGAAAAAAGAAUUUAUGAAAAAUUUUAUACUUAUACUAAUGGAAGUAAUAGUAACAAUAACACUAGAAGAAAUAGAGAGAGUGAUAAUGAGAAAGAAAGUAGUAGAAAAAAAUCAAAAAAUUAUGAAAAUGUGGAUAGCUAUAAUAGUACUUCAAAAAAUGUAAAUAGUUACGAUGAUAAUAAAAAUAACUCAAACAAAUAUAUAAAUCAUGAACAAAAAAAUAAUGUAAAAAAGCCAAACACAGUAAAAAAAUAUUUUUUUGAUAAAUUACAAUGGUUAACAAAUUAUGAUAAUAAAGAAAAAAAAAAAAAUGAGAAAAUUCAAGAUUUAAAUAAUAGUAACAUUAAUCAAAAUAACAUUAAAAAUGAGAAUCAAAAAGAUAAUAAUGAAAAUAUUUUAGAUUUUCAAAACUUUGCAAAAAGAAAUACUACAUAUUCUUUAAAAAAUAAUAUAAAGCGGGAUUAUAUAUAUGUAAAUGAUAAGAAUAAUGAUAAAGAUUUAAACAAACAUAAUAAUAAAGAUGAAAAUAUAAAAAAUUCAACUAACGUUAUUACAAAUGAAGAAUGCCAAAAAAAAAAAAGUAAUAAUAAUAAUAAUGUAUCAGGUUUUUAA